ACUUCCAUCGCUCUACCAUUAGACAAUAUCAGUGGAGAGAGAUAGGGAAAGAACACCAAAAGACACAAGUUAUGAAAUGAUAAAAAUUGUGGUGCAUGUUCAAAAGUAUUGACUCUAAUUAAGGGGAAUACAAUUUUAUUUUUAAAAAAAAAACAAGAAAAAAAGAAAGAGGCUACUAGAGGAGUUGAAUUGAUCAUCGUCCCAUUUUGCUCCAUAAUAAUAACAAUAAUAAUAAUGGCACAAAUGCAUCCUGAGAAAGUUGUUUCUAGUGUCCAAGAACGUACUCCAGAACUUGUUGAUAGGAAUAAUAAUAAUAUGAAUGGUGUUGCAGGCUCUUUCAAAUUCAAUAUUCAAGCCCCAGCAUUUGUGCCAAGAAAAUCACAUGCCGCCACAAUUCCUAUUUCAGGAGGAUAUUUUUAUCCCUGCAGCUUCCAAUAUGUCAAUACUGAGGCAACUAAUAACAAUAGCAAAAUAUAUGGAGGUGAUCAAGAUCCUACCUUCUUUCUUCAAGAACCUUCUUUUAUUUCCUCUCUCCCUCAAAAGGAUAUCCUUCCUGCAGACCUUAGGCUAAAAGUCAUCAAACAGGUUGAAUACCAACUUAGUGACAUGAGCUUGCUUGCGAAUGAGAGCUUAUUGAAACAGAUGAACAAAGACCCCGAAGCCUUCGUUCCCAUUGCUUCUGUUUCAGCUACAAAGAAAAUCAAGUCCCUCAUCACCAAUAACCAAUUAACGCUUUCUCAUUCCCUCUUAUCCUCUACAAAGCUGAUUGUAAGCGAUGAUGGUAAGAGGGUCAAACGAAAAAUCCCAUUCACUGACAAGGAUAAAGAGGAAUUGAUGUUGCGCACUGUGGUAGCUGAGAAUUUACCGAAUGAUCACUCCCAUCACAACAUUGAGAAAAUAUUUAAUGUGGCUGGAAGUGUCAAAACCAUCCGAGUAUGCCAUCCCCAAGAUCAUAACACACGUACCAGAGGAGACUUGGGCAUCAGCAGUAAGCUUCAUGCACUGAUAGAGUUCGAGCAUCCAGAAGCCGCUGAGAAAGCAGAGAAGCUAAAUGAUGAGAGGAACUGGAGAAGGGGCCUUCGCGUGAGGUUGCUGCUCAGACGUUCACCAAUGUCAGUACUAAAGAGUAGAAAGUCAGCAUUUGAUGGUUGUUUAGAUGAUGAAGAUCGGUUGAUUUCUGAAUUGGCAGAUGACUCAUAUCCUGCUACUAAUCGAUCAGAAGCAGUGGAUACUAAUGUUGAAAAGACUUUAGCAGAAACAACAAAGAAAACAUGGGGUAAAGGGCGUGGGAAAAGUACACGACAAAGAAAUCAAAUAUACAGUGGAUGUGGCCUUCUUGCCACAUCUCUACAAAGCAGCACAUAUGAAGCACCUGUGAAACAGGCUACAAAAGGACCUAGAAUGCCCGAUGGAACAAGAGGUUUCAAUAUGGGAAGAGGGAAGCCCCUGGGGAGUAUUAAUGUUCAAACUGGAGUACAUGUUGUAUAAAUGGAAGAUGAUCAAUUUUUUCCCGAUUUACUACUCAGUAUACACUGUUAGUCCAUGGAAGUCUCUAGUCAAAUUCUUUUGGUAUGAAAAUGGUUAAACAUAUUCAUGUUAAUAAUACUAGAACUAAGAUCCCUACAGUACUGUAUAGGUUAACAAAAUGCUAUGGCUUCCUUGAGACUACCAAUUUUGUUUUGUACAUUUCUCUUUUCUGUGAAAAUUAUCAUGGGGAAUAAUAUGACUGAGUUUAAGAUUCUGCCUCUCA